AAUUGACAUAAUGAGCUCCAUUAUGAUGAAAAAAAUGGACAGGGUUAUGUCGAGACAGUUUUUACUCCUCUGUUUUUUGCUGGCUCUUUUCGAACAAACUCUUGCCCUGAAAUGCUACAAGUGUUCCUUCUUCUCCAAGCCCACCUAUGAAGAUUGUGUCACUCCAGACGCCAAAACAGCGGUCGAAGAAUGCGAGGAGGGUGAAGUUUGUACAGCGGUUGGUUACAACCAUGUUCGUAACGACACCUACACCGAAUACUCAAACAUCAGACGCUGCGGAAAAUCAAACUUAUGCCUAGGUGCCUUUUAUGCCUACGGUGAAGACAAUCUUAGGAAUUGCCACGUGUGUCCCACCGACUUGUGCAACGUGGGUCCGUUGCUACCAGGAGCCACAGGGUCUGGAAGUUUGAUACAAGGGUCUGCAGGAAAUAAUUCGGUAGUGGAUGGUGAUGAGCCAAAGGCAGAGGGAGAAGCAAGCGCAGAUACUAAAGGAAAUGUAGGUGCAAGUGGUGGUGUUCAGGGUUAAAUUCGGAGAAAAUAUAUUUUUCGUUUUGUGAUUUCA